CAUGUGAGACUUUAGAGAGGAGGGGUGUAUUGAAACGGACUCCCGUUACUUACAGGAGCUAUAGCAGCUCUGCUCCUACAUUUCGCUGCCUAACUCUGUCCUGAAUGUGCUGGAGUGGGCAUGGUCUGUCCGCGGCUAUAAACUGCUGCUCAUCAGGAAACUACAUUAGCUCACCAUCACUUCAAAGGUCUCGUCAGACAGAGGUGACGCCAGGAGAUGAUUUAAAGGUGAAAAUGACAAGGUUUUCACCCCUCAAACCUUGGUUCCUUUUCUGACAAUACAGUGAACGAACCGAACGUCUUCUCAACUGUGGGAAUAGGACUGGAAGAGGAAAGCUUGCUUUUUUUUCUCUCUCUCUUUCCAAUUCUUGAUAAAGAACUGCCGGGAAGCAUUCUCUUUGGGAAAAAAAAAAUCUCAGAACUGUGGCACAGAUGGAUUUUAAAAAGUGUUAGCUCUUUCCAAUGAACACUAGGAGAGUGCCCUGCUCUUGGCUGGAUUUUUCAGAGAAUGACCAUGGUGUCUGCGAUGUCCUGGGUCCUGUACUUGUGGAUAAGUGCUUGCGCAAUGCUGCUCUGCCAUGGGUCCCUCCAACACACCUUCCAGCAACACCACUUGCACAGGCCAGGAGGGACCUGUGAAGUGAUCGCAGCCCACAGGUGUUGUAACAAGAACCGCAUUGAGGAGCGGUCACAAACAGUGAAGUGUUCCUGUCUACCUGGGAAAGUGGCUGGGACAACAAGAAACCGACCUUCCUGUGUGGAUGCCUCCAUCGUAAUUGGGAAAUGGUGGUGUGAGAUGGAGCCCUGCCUAGAAGGAGAAGAAUGUAAGACGCUCCCUGACAACUCCGGAUGGAUGUGUGCUACAGGCAACAAAAUCAAGACCACAAGGAUUCACCCAAGAACCUAACAGAAGCAUUUGUUAUAUAAAUAGGAAAAACCAACCUGUGGAAAAUACAUUGUGAGGAUUUAAAACAUCUUACAUACUUGCAAGCCAAAUGGAUCUCUUAUUUGCACUUGGACUGGUUACAGAUAAACACAGUGCAUUUCCUCUGUGAAAUAAAGCAUCCCAAAUGAAGAAGACUCGGGAUUUCCUGGCAGCAUCAUGGAAAACAGCUUUUAAAACCGAGUUUUCUCUGUGAAAUCUGGGGGAUCAUGAAGAGCGAUCACCCAUCUUCUAAUUUGGAACUACUGUUACUUUGUACCAUUUGAAAUAUAUGUACAUAUAUAAUAUUUUGAAAUAUUAUAUAUUCUCUUCAAGAAAUGAACAGUACCACAAUGUGAGGUGGCUGGUGUAGCCGUUUCAGUUUUGGAUAUUUGGUCAGUUUUGUUUUGUUUUGCUGUUUCUUUUUUCUCUCGGUGAGGAAGAUACAUGCCCAUGUGAGAAUCCAACAUGGCACUCUCCCUGGAAGGCCAGCUGCAGGCGGACUCCUGGAAUCUGAGGCAUCCUAACACUACUGGGUCAAGAGCUUCCCCCUGUUUCUACCUGGUGACCCAGGGAAGCUCAACGUCUUGUUUCCUUGCUUUCUACCCUGUGCAAUAUUAGCAUGCAAGCUUGGCUUACAUAACCAUACUUUAUAUUCGACUGAUAUAUAAUAACCGUUCUAACCUCUUCCAGGAAACUAUUUUUAGAACUACUAGCUUUUCCACAGAUAAGCAAAUGAGGAUUCUUGAGGGACCUGCUUCACCAUGCUAUUAAGACUCUAGCAGGAUGGUAGGAUGUAGAUCCCUAUACUACUAAGUCCUGUAAAUACAAUGUCUUAGGGCUUUGUAUAGCUGUCCUAGACUGCAGAAGUGUCCUCUGAUUAAAUCCAAAGUCUGGCAUUGUUAAGUACAUAGUGCUGUAGCGACAAGUCUUAUCAUGACACCUCUUUCUAUGUUUGAUUUGCUUUUUCCUAGAGUAUUCACAUCCCCUCUGGCGAGGUAGGAAGGCUAUGAAAGCAAUUAGGUUUCACAAUGAUCUAUGUGACCAAGUGUUGGACAGCCCUAUUAAAGUGGUAAAUAACUUCUUUCUUAACCCACUUGUCCUCUUUGUUUGCCAUUUAGUUUUACAGCCUCUGCUUUAAUCAAACCAUGAGAACACCCUGCUCAUAUUCGUAGUUAGCUAGACAGUCUUGGAAUCUAUGGAGGUUACUAUAGCCAACAAUACUAUUUUGAAACCAAGAAAGUCAUUAAUGUGAUUGUAGUGAAAUAUCCAGUUAUAAUUACUGAUCUUCCAUGUGGGUCACUCUGACAACAACAACGACAAUACAUUCUCCCUGCCUUUUUGGAGUUUCUGAGCUGAACUAAGAGGUAAACAUCUACUUUAAAGUCUGGUUCUCCUGGGGAAACUUUGAAUGGGAAUUUGUACUCCUCUUAGCAUGUCAUCUCACAAUAGCAGAUUUUUUUCCUCCCAAAAUUAUUCUCUGGCACCUGUGUUGUUAGAGCCUUAUGGUAAAUCAACAGUAUCAUGGCCCCUGUCUGGAUUUUUUUAGUAUCAAUCCUCAAGGAAAACUCAAGACACCCCCACUUCUACUCUACCAAGAAAGCCUGGAGUCUGAUUGAAUGUGUGAACUUCUCUCCAGAAAAUUUGAUUCUGUAUCUGAAAGGCCUGUAAAAAGCAUCUAGAGAUUGAAAUAGAAUCUUGACUA